UGUACAGAUUCCGCAGAUGUGGCGCUACGGCAGCCACAAUUCUUGCAAGAGUUCGGCCAUGGAGCUCUGGAUGCCAUUUCUGCUGCAUUUACUGCCUAGAAGAGGCUCCAACUAAUUUCAAAGAAGCUCCAUAAUGGAUGCCUGUGGCAUUCAACACUCAUCGCUUCGAAAACCAAUCAGGAUAUGAAGCUUCAACUUCUGAAUCAGCCAAUGUUCGCCGCUGGAACCCUCAGAUCGUUGGCUCGGAGAGCUAGUUUUUCCUCUCUUGCUGCCAAAUGGGAAGGCGGAGUUUCUAUGGUUCAAGGAGCUUCCAGAGGAAUUGGCCUCGAAUUUGUUAGACAUUUGCUGGAGAAGAAUGAAAAGGGACAUGUUGUUGCUACUUGUCGCAACCCUGGAAAAGCUACAGGGCUUCUUGAGUUAAAAGACAAGUUUUCUGAGCGCCUUUGCAUUCUAGAGUUGGAUGUGACCAAUGAAAGCACCAUUAAGGAAUCUGCAAAGUCCAUUGGAGAAAGAUAUGGAUCGUUGAAUCUGCUAAUUAAUGCAUCUGGGAUUCUUUCAAUUCCUAAUGUACUCCAACCAGAAACUACCUUGAAUAAAGUGGAGAAAUCUUCUUUGCUUCAUGCUUAUGAGGUUAAUGCUGUUGGUCCUAUCCUAGUGAUCAAGCAUUUGUGGCCUUUUCUGAAGGCUGGAGGAGGCUCUGGAACAGAAAGAGAUAUUGCAGUCGUUGCCAAUUUAAGUGCUCGGGUGGGAUCAAUCGGAGAUAAUCGUCUUGGGGGAUGGCACUCUUAUCGAGCAUCAAAGACCGCACUUAACCAAUUGACAAAAAACGUAUCGGUUGAAUUCGCAAGGAAGAAAGAUCCAAUCAUAUGCAUAUUAUUGCAUCCAGGCACAGUGGACACAGACCUGUCUAGGCCAUUUCAGAGAAAUGUUCCUGAAGGCAAACUUUUUACCAAAAAUUUUUCAGUCCAAAAGCUUAUGACAAUCAUCAACAAUGCAAAGAGCCAAGACAAUGGAAAGUUUUUUGCUUGGGAUGGUCAGGAAAUUCCUUGGUAACAUGAACUUCUCUCUAGUUUUACAUUUUUACAUAAAGUUCUGGUGAUCUGAUCUGCUAUGAUUGCAUGAUUAUGUAAUACGUUUAACAAAUACGAAACGACUUGAAUAUCGAAAACGAGGCAAGAACCACUUGAAUAGAUUUCAGAGUUCUUUGUAGUUAUUGACAACAUAAAUAUACCUUCUUAUUUUCUUGAUA